CCGCGGUUUACUACCUCCCGAGGCAUUAUUACUUAUAUUAUUAUAUUAUAACACAUAUAUAUAGACAUAUAACGCAUAACAUUGUACACAAUGAUAUAACGGUAUAAUAGUGAAAUAAAGUGACACCGGUAUAUAUACAUGUAUAUAAUAUCGAUUCCGAAACUUCUGUUGGUUUAUCUUUUUAUAAAUUGCGCGUUGCAAUUUAUUUUUUCCAGUUGGCUGCUCGAUUUUCGCGUUAAUCGUUACUCGUUAUUAAUUAUUGCAUAAGCCAAGUUGUUCAAAAGUAGACUAAUUAAAUCUCGGCACAAUAUACUUUAUUUUAUAUUUAUAAACUGGAAGAAAUAUUAAUUUAAUUAACAGUGCGAUAAUAGUGUGGAUAAUCUCAAAGACUUAAAAAAUGAUGAAAAUAAAUUCACUGGUGAUACUAUUGUUCUGUUUUGUGGGUGUCGAUUUACAAAUAAUAUUCCCUCAAGAUUAUGAACCGAGCAAUCCGGUGCCUUAUUAUGGAAAUAGAGGCCAAUAUCGACGACCUUUUCCGUCGUUCAGUGCUGUGAGUUCACCGGCUAUACAAAAUCUAGGACCGGCAAUUAAUUUUGAUGUGGGUAAUGUCAAUAAUGUCGCCGCCGGAUUACGACCCAAUGUGUAUAAUAUUACUAACAAUACUAUUAACAGCGAGGAGCAAUAUUGGAGUGAUCACGUAAACGACAUCCUGUCGCAAGGAGUCACAAAAUUCGCUUUACAUAUGGACCGUGCAAUUGACGCAAAUCAGCGAGGGACAUCCGUGGGAUUUGAUCGAGAAAAUAUCGUCUUCUCGCCAUUAAAUCUGGCAGGAACUUUAGCGGUCGUCCUUUUGGGUUCCGGAGGCAGGACAUUUGAUGAAAUAGCCAGGAUCCUUGGACUUGAAGCCGGAGUUGACAUUUCAGGACACUCUGAAAUAGUCCAUCACAUGUUCGGUCUCCUUUUGAAUUCGAUAAAAUUUGGUGGAGACUCUGCCAGAACUUAUUCUUCAGAACUCUUUUCUGCCGGGAGUAUUUUCGUCCAAAGCGGCUAUUCAAUCCGGCCAGAAUUCGCGGCAAUCGCUCGCGAUGUUUACAAAAACGAUGUUAUCAAUGUUGAUUUUCACCAACGGCCCGCAGAAGCUCAAAGAAUUAUCAACGAUUGGGUGAAUUCGAAGACAAGGGGAAAAAUUAACAGCAUUUUAUCGGAGCCACCGUAUCCUGACAGUAAAGUUAUUUUAGCGUCCGCAUUAUACUUCAACGGGGAAUGGAACCAACAUUUUUUCAAAGGCGCUACUAAAAGGAAACCGUUUUAUCUCGCAUCAGGGCAGACAAUUAAUGUCGAUAUGAUGUAUAACGGCGGCGAAUUUCCAUUUUACGAAGACAAACAGCUUGGAGUUAAAAUUCUCGGCUUGCCUUAUAAAGACAGUGAUUCCGCAAUUACUGGAUAUUCAUUAAAGUCCGAGGCAACAAUGUACGCUUUAAUACCCACCGCAACGAACUCAAAUGCCCUGGAUGACCUGGAAUCCCGUAUCACUCCAGAAGUUAUAAAUUCAUUAAUAAACAAAAUGAUAAAUUCAACAUGUAUAAUCGCAAUCCCACGAAUGAAACUAUCAAGUACUUUGAGUCUAAACCGUGCAUUACAAUCACUGGGGCUCACUUCAUUGUUUACUCCAGGCGCAGCUAAUCUAGGAUUACUAUCAACUGGUUUAAAUAAUGCACCAAAUCCAUCUCAAUCUACAAGUGAUUCCAUUAUUUUCUCUAGGAUCAAUAGCGAUGAUCCCGAUCCAAUCAUCCCCGCCAGCACCACAGGUACUUACGGAGUAACUGGAAAAGACUUCUCUGAGAAGAAGAAUUACUUCAGGUAUAAAGAUUCACAAGGUGGCUAUGAUAUACAGCAGUGGGAUAAUGGGGUUUAUCUCGAAAAAAUUCGGAGAAACGUUCAGAAGAGAGAGGUCGAUCUCAAUCCAGAGGAAGUUAAGGAUCCAAGGGCGACCUCAUCAACUCCGUUCUUCGAUCACGAUAAAAAUCUAGUUAAAUUAACUGGAGAUGGUCGUCGGAGCAAGAGACAAAAUCGGCCGAUUGACCUCGGAUUUCUGCGGUUUAUCCAGGCCAAAGGAUUCCCCUCCUACGGAUUGGAUGCACUCAGAAACAGCGCUAACUUUGUUAAUCCUGGUUUGUAUGCUUCCGAUGUUCUUCAUAAAGUUGAAAUUGAUAUCACCGAAACCGGCACUGUUGCUGCCGCAGCGACUGGCGUUAUUCUUGCCAAAUCCGGGGGCCAGAAAAUUUUCAACGCCAAUCGCCCCUUUUUGUUCUUCAUUAGACAUGAUCCUUCAAAUCUUAUUUUGUUCUGGGGAACUGUUAACAAACCUACACCUCAUUAUUAAUCUAUUUAGUUUUAAUUUUGAAAGAAUACUUAAUUUUUAAGAACAAUAAUUGUCCAGUUUUCAUUACAAACUACUUGAAGCUCUUUAGCAAGUAAAUAUAAUUUUUGUUUUACUGUAUUUAUAAGAACUUUUAUCCUUUUCAUAAGCUGAUACCAAAGCUUGAGUGUAUUAACUAUUUAUUAAAAUGAAUAUUUAAAUAAAAUAAUUAAGUUAAAGAUCAAAAUGGAAUAUUUAACGUAGCUUUUCAACGGAUAUUACAUUUUCACUUGAAGUUUCGUCAGAAGUUCUCAUCGCUGC